GGUCUGAGUUAAGCGUUCACCUGUGGCCGUCAGAAUUUUUCUCUGGCUGUCAGAAGUCAAAACGGACCUUCAAGAUGUUGGGCUCAAAGAACAUGCCCUGGAGGCGGCUGCAAGGCAUUUCCUUCGGGAUGUACUCGGCCGAAGAGCUCAGGAAACUAAGUGUUAAAGCCAUUACAAAUCCUCGGUACCUGGACAGCCUCGGGAACCCAUCAGUGAAUGGCCUUUAUGAUUUGGCGUUAGGCCCUGCAGAUUCCAAAGAAGUGUGCGCCACCUGCGUGCAGGACUUCAACAAUUGCUCGGGGCACCUGGGCCACAUUGAGCUCCCACUGACAGUGUACAACCCUCUCCUCUUUGAUAAACUUUACCUACUGCUUAGGGGCUCCUGUUUAAACUGUCACAUGUUGACUUGCCCCCGGGCUGUGAUUCACCUCUUAGUCUGCCAGCUGAAAGUUCUGGAAGUUGGGGCACUGCAAGCAGUCUACGAGCUGGAGAGAAUUCUGAAUAGGUUUCUAGAAGAAAAUGCCGAUCCCACUGGCUUUGAAAUUCAGGAAGAGUUAGAACAAUACACAAACAAAAUUUUACAGAACAAUCUCCUAGGAUCCCAUGGUGCACACGUGAAAAAUGUCUGUGAGAGUAGAAGCAAGCUCAUUACUACCUUCUGGAAGGCACAUAUGUCUGCCAAGCGAUGUCCCCAGUGCAAGACUGGGAGAUCUAUUGUCCGAAAGGAGCACAACAGCAAACUGACAAUCACAUACCCAGCCAUGGUGCAUAGAAAAGCUGACCAGAAAGGCACAGAGCCUGUGGCUCCAGGGAUUGAGGAUGCUCAGAUGGGAAAACGAGGAUACCUCACACCCAGCAGUGCCCAGGAACAUCUCAUUGCCCUUUGGAAGAAUGAAGGAUUCUUUCUGAAUUAUCUGUUUUCGGGACUGACAGAAGUUGGCAUGGAGUCUGGAUUUAAUCCCACUAUGUUUUUUCUGGAUUUCUUGGUAGUGCCACCCUCACGGUAUCGCCCUGUCAAUCGCCUGGGGGACCAGAUGUUUACCAACGGCCAGACCGUGAACUUGCAGGCCGUCAUGAAGGACAUAGUUCUGAUCCGAAAGCUUUUGGCAUUGAUGGCCCAAGAACAGGAGCUGCCAUGUGAGGUGUCGGCUUAUGCCACAGAUGAGGAAAAAGACUCUUCGAUUGCUAUAGACCGAUCCUUUUUGAGUAUGCUUCCAGGCCAGUCACUCACAGACAAACUGUAUAACAUUUGGAUUCGCCUUCAGAGUCAUGUCAAUAUUGUGUUUGAUAGUGAGAUGGACAAAUUAAUGAUGGAAAAGUUCCCUGGCAUUAGACAGAUCCUUGAAAAGAAGGAAGGCUUGUUCCGAAAGCACAUGAUGGGAAAGCGAGUUGACUAUGCCGCCCGCUCGGUCAUCUGCCCGGACAUGUACAUCAACACCAAUGAAAUUGGAAUUCCCAUGGUGUUUGCCACAAAACUGACCUACCCUCAGCCAGUUACUCCCUGGAAUGUUCAGGAACUGAGGCAAGCAGUCAUCAAUGGCCCCAACGUACAUCCAGGAGCCUCCAUGGUUAUCAAUGAGGAUGGCAGUCGUACGGCCUUGAGCGCCGUGGACCUAACCCAGCGGGAAGCAGUGGCCAAACAGCUCCUGACACCAGCCACAGGGGCACCUAAGCCCCAGGGCACAAAAAUCGUGUGCCGGCAUGUGAAGAACGGAGACAUCCUCCUACUGAACCGACAGCCCACCCUGCAUAGACCCUCCAUUCAGGCCCACCAUGCCCGCAUCCUGCCUGAGGAGAAAGUCCUGCGACUGCACUAUGCCAACUGCAAGGCCUAUAACGCUGACUUUGAUGGAGAUGAGAUGAAUGCCCACUUCCCCCAGAGUGAACUGGGCCGGGCAGAGGCCUACGUCCUGGCCUGUACAGAUCAACAGUAUCUUGUUCCCAAGGAUGGCCAGCCAUUGGCAGGGUUGAUCCAGGAUCACAUGGUCUCAGGUGCAAAUAUGACCAUCCGAGGUUGCUUUUUCACCAGGGAGCACUACAUGGAGCUGGUGUACCGAGGGCUCAUAGACAAAGUGGGCCGUGUGAAGCUCCUCCCUCCUGCCAUCCUGAAGCCCUAUCCACUGUGGACCGGAAAGCAGGUAGUAUCAACACUGCUUAUCAACGUAAUCCCAGAGGAUCAGAUCCCAUUGAAUUUAGCAGGAAAAGCAAAGAUCAGCGGGAAAGCCUGGGUGAAGGAGUCUCCUCGGCUUGUUCCCAACUUUAACCCUGACUCAAUGUGUGAGUCCCAGGUGAUCAUCAGAGCAGGGGAGCUUCUCUGCGGGGUGCUGGACAAGGCGCAUUAUGGGAGCUCCGCCUACGGCCUGGUGCACUGUUGCUACGAGAUCUAUGGGGGUGAAACCAGCGGCAAGGUCCUCACCUGCCUAGCGCGUCUCUUCACCGCCUACCUGCAGCUCUACAGAGGCUUCACCCUGGGCGUGGAAGACAUUUUGGUUAAGCCGAAGGCAGAUGUCAAGAGACACAGGAUCAUUGAAGAGUCCACUCAGUGUGGGCCCCGGGCUGUCAGGACUGCAUUAAGCCUGCCAGAAACAGCAGCGUGUGAUGAGAUCCGAGGGAAAUGGCAGGAUGCCCAUCUGGGCAAAGACCAGAGGGACUUUAACAUGAUUGAUCUAAAGUUCAAGGAGGAAGUGAACCAUUACAGCAAUGAGAUUAACAAGGCAUGCAUGCCCUUUGGCCUGCACAGACAGUUCCCGGAGAACAACUUGCAGAUGAUGGUGCAGUCAGGAGCCAAAGGUUCAACUGUGAAUACCAUGCAGAUUUCAUGCCUUCUGGGGCAGAUUGAAUUGGAAGGUCGAAGACCCCCACUGAUGGCAUCUGGCAAGUCACUCCCCUGCUUUGAACCUUACGAAUUCACUCCCAGAGCUGGUGGCUUUGUCACUGGCAGAUUCCUCACUGGCAUCAAGCCUCCCGAGUUCUUCUUUCACUGCAUGGCAGGACGAGAGGGUCUGGUCGACACCGCUGUGAAAACCAGCCGCUCUGGCUACCUCCAAAGGUGCAUCAUCAAACACCUGGAGGGGCUGGUGGUCCAGUAUGAUCUCACUGUCCGCGACAGUGACGGCAGCGUGGUGCAGUUCCUGUAUGGGGAGGACGGCCUGGACAUCCCCAAGACACAGUUCCUGCAGCCCAAGCAGUUCCCCUUCCUUGCCAGCAACUAUGAGGUGAUAAUGAAAUCGAGGCAUCUGAAUGAAGUUUUAUCCAGAGCAGAUCCCCAAAAAGCUCUACGCCACUUCAGAGCCAUCAAAAAAUGGCAAAGCAAGCAUUCCAACACCCUGCUGAGAAGAGGCGCCUUCUUGAAUUACUCCCAGAAAAUACAGGCAGCUGUGAAAGCCUUGAACCUUGAAGAUGCAAACCAGAAUGGCCGCAGCCUUGGGACUCACCAGAUGUUGAGGAUGUGGUAUGAGUUAGAUGAAAAGAGCCGGAGGAAAUACCACAAGAAGGCAGCCCCUUGUCCUGACCCCAGCCUGUCAGUCUGGCGCCCAGACAUCUACUUUGCAUCAGUAUCAGAAACAUUCGAGAAAAAGAUGGAUGAUUACAGUUACGAGUGGGCAUCUCAAGUGGAGAAGAAUUGUGAAAAAGCAGCACUUUCUCUGGACAGGUUAAGGACCCUGUUGCAGCUGAAGUGGCAGCGCUCACUGUGUGACCCGGGUGAGGCCGUGGGGCUGCUGGCUGCCCAGAGCAUCGGGGAGCCCUCCACACAGAUGACUCUGAACACUUUCCACUUUGCCGGCAGAGGCGAAAUGAACGUCACGCUGGGCAUUCCGAGGCUGAGGGAGAUUCUCAUGGUGGCCAGUGCCAACAUCAAGACGCCCAUGAUGAGUGUGCCUGUGUUCAACACUAAGAAAGCACUAAAGAGAGUGAAAAGCCUGAAGAAGCAGCUCACCAGGGUGUGCUUAGGAGAGGUGUUACAGAAAAUUGACGUCCAGGAGUCCUUCUCUAUAGGGGAAAAACAGAACAAGUUCAGAGUGUACCAGCUGCGGUUUCAGUUCCUGCCACAUGCGUAUUACCAGCAGGAGAAGUGCUUGCGACCCCAGGAUAUCUUGCAUUUCAUGGAAACAAGAUUCUUUAAAAUUCUAAUGGAGUCCAUCAGAAAGAAGAAUAGUAAAGCAUCAGCUUUCAGAAACGUGAACACUCGGAGAGCUACCCAGCGGGAUCUAGACAGCGCUGGGGAGUCAGAGCGCGGUCGGGGCGAGCAGGACGGUGAGGAGGACGAAGAAGGGCGCAUUGUGGAUGCUGAGGCUGAAGAGGGUGACGCUGAUGCCUCUGAUGCCAAACGCAAGGAGAAGCAAGAGGAGGAGGUUGAUUACGAGAGUGAAGAAGAGGAGGAGAAGGAUGGGGAGGAGGAUGACGACGACAACAUACAGGAGCAGGGACACGAGGGUGGGCAACUCCCCGACAAGGCCCAGGAGCAAGACGAGGACGCGGACUCAGAGCCUGAAGAGGACUCGGGCCCUGCUGCACCUCUGACGCAGCGUCCACAAGCUACCCGGAGUCAGGAGCCCCAUGGAGAUGAGGCGCGCCGGGUGCAGGCCGUGCGAGAGUCCCACCCGUGCAUAGAAGACUACCAGUAUGACGCGGCGGAGGGCCUGUGGUGCCAGGUGACAUUGAAAUUCCCCCUAAUGAAGAUUAACUUUGACAUGAGCUCCCUGGUAGUGUCCUUGGCCCAUGGCGCUGUCGUCUAUGCAACCAAGGGCAUCACGAGGUGCCUCCUGAAUGAAACCACCAACAACAGGAAUGAGAAGGAGUUUGUCUUAAACACAGAAGGAAUCAACCUCCCAGAGCUGUUCAAGUAUGCUGAGGUUCUGGAUUUACGGCGCCUCUAUUCCAACGACAUCCACGCAAUGGCCAGCACAUACGGCAUUGAGGCUGCACUGCGGGUGAUCGAGAAGGAGAUCAGGGACGUGUUUGCUGUGUAUGGCAUUGCAGUCGAUCCCCGCCACCUCUCCCUGGUUGCUGACUACAUGUGCUUCGAGGGCGUUUACAAGCCGUUGAAUCGCUUUGGGAUCCGGUCAAACUCCUCCCCACUACAACAGAUGACGUUUGAAACCAGCUUCCAGUUUCUGAAGCAGGCCACCUUGAUGGGAUCUCAUGAUGAGCUCAGAUCCCCUUCAGCCUGCCUCGUGGUUGGGAAGGUCGUCAAGGGUGGGACAGGCCUGUUCGAGCUCAAGCAGCCUCUAAGAUAACACCAAGGCCAUGCCUGCCCUUCCUGGUACAUGGCGCGGCACAUCUUAUCUCCGGAUAUGAACACAUGAGCAAGCUCACCACGUUCCCCAAGUUAUUAGAGGUGCUGGCCUUGGAGGCCGGCAGGAGGCCUUGGAGGUGAGAUCCCUAAUGUAAACACUGGCACCUCCAGCGUAGGGAGGCAAAACCCCACUGCUGUGAACAGCCAGUGGUUGCAGGCAAGAUUCCUGGGGGCGCCAGGGGCAGGAACAUGGACCCGAUAGCCCAUAGCUGGCUCCCCGUGCCGUGCCAGCCUCUGUGGACAGAGUUCCCUGGGCUUCUCCAGCCACGCCUCUUCCCCUGCCAAGCACAGGAAGGCACAGACUUCGACACACCCAAUCUCUGUGCCCAGGGAAGGGCUACCCCGCUGCCCUGUGGUUGUGUCCUUCUGGCGUGUCUCUCCAGGUUCCCGAAGCUCUCCACGCAUACAGAAACGCAGCUCAGUGCACUGUUUCAACAAGUUGUUAUCGUUUCCUGGCUCUGCUUUCAUCCAGCCUUGAGGCCGGUAUCCCUCUCACAGGCCCUGCUCUGUCUGUGGCUGUCCGGCCUCCCGUGACCUCUGGCACCAGCAGCAGGGGCCCUGGCAUGAACAGAAAAGUCAGGACUUGUGCAAAGACUCUGUAAAAGCAGACUCUGUUUCUAUUUUUGUCUACUGUUAUUUCCUACUCCAGCUGAGUAAUAAACAUCAUGGAACUAGCUAUUGGGAGAAAGAAAAUUAAAAGAA